AUGGCGCCAGGAAGUUCGCUCUCCUCCAGUCUAGAGCCGGGAGUUGGAGGGCUCGCUGAUAUCGUACAAGCAGCCAUCGGACUCGUAUAUGGGGUACUUGGUGGCUGGGAUCUUAUGCUCACAAUCGAGAGCUUCAUGAUCGAUUUAGCGCCUGUUUCCAGCGUCUUCUGGGCGAACGUUAUUCAGUAUGCAACCGUCGAGCAUUGCGAAAAGAAACACGCUUAG